GGGGCCUCCGCUGCGGACCGAGGUGAGAUGGCGGCCACUGAGGGUGUCGGGGAGGCCGCGCAGGGCGGCGAGCCGGGUCAGCCGGAGCCGCCGCCGCCGCCGCCGCCCCAGCAGCAGCAGCAGCAGCAGGAAGAUGCGAUGGCGGCCCAGGCCGGAGACGCAGUGGCGUCCGCCAUGGACGACGGGUUCCUGAGCCUGGACUCGCCCACCUACGUCCUGUACAGGGACAGAGCAGAAUGGGCUGAUAUAGAUCCAGUGCCGCAGAAUGAUGGCCCCAAUCCAGUGGUCCAGAUCAUUUAUAGUGAAAAAUUUAGAGAUGUUUAUGAUUAUUUCCGGGCUGUUCUGCAGCGUGAUGAAAGAAGUGAACGAGCUUUCAAACUAACCAGAGAUGCUAUUGAGUUAAAUGCGGCCAAUUAUACGGUGUGGCAUUUUCGGAGAGUUCUCUUAAAGUCACUUCAAAAGGAUCUGCAUGAGGAAAUGAACUACAUCACUGCAAUAAUUGAGGAACAGCCCAAAAACUAUCAAGUUUGGCAUCACAGGCGAGUAUUAGUGGAAUGGCUAAAAGACCCAUCUCAGGAGCUUGAGUUUAUUGCUGAUAUUCUUAAUCAGGAUGCAAAGAAUUAUCAUGCCUGGCAACAUCGACAAUGGGUUAUUCAGGAAUUUAAACUUUGGGAUAAUGAGCUGCAGUAUGUAGACCAACUUCUUAAAGAGGAUGUGAGAAAUAACUCUGUCUGGAACCAAAGAUUCUUCGUAAUUUCUAACACCACUGGCUACAAUGAUCGUGCUAUAUUGGAGAGAGAAGUCCAGUAUACUCUGGAAAUGAUCAAAGUGGUGCCACAUAAUGAAAGUGCAUGGAACUAUUUGAAAGGGAUUUUGCAGGAUCGUGGUCUUUCCAAAUAUCCCAAUCUGUUAAAUCAAUUACUUGAUUUACAACCAAGUCACAGUUCCCCCUACCUAAUUGCCUUUCUUGUGGAUAUCUAUGAAGACAUGCUAGAAAACCAAUGUGAGAACAAGGAGGACAUUCUUAAUAAAGCAUUAGAGUUAUGUGAAAUCCUAGCUAAAGAAAAGGACACUAUAAGAAAGGAAUAUUGGAGAUACAUUGGAAGAUCCCUUCAAAGCAAACACAGUACAGAAAAUGACCCACCAGCAAAUGUACAGCAAUAACACCAUCUAGAAGAACUUGAUGGAAUGCUUUUAUUUUUUUAAGAGACUCUAAUGCAGCAGUUUAAAACUAAAGCGAUCAUUCCCUUUGCCUGUGGUGUAAAAUGUGCAUUGCACAGGUAUCGCUUUUUAACAAGAACUAGGUAUGAUGCUCCUUGGGUGCUGCUGCUAUUCAGACUAGCUCUAAGUAAUAUGAUUGUUUUACAGCAAAGUAAUUCGGGGGUGGGAGAAGAAACAGAAAGUCCCAUAAAGGAAGUUUUGUAGUGUUGUCAACAUUUAUCUAAUCCCUUAGCAUCAACUCCUCCCGAAACGGUAUAUGCGUCAGAAUUUGCAGCAUUAAUGAUUGCAGAUAACUUGUAUGUAAUGGAUAUGAGGUAACUUAGUUUCAGUUCAGGAAGUAGGGAAGGCCAUUGUUACAUUAGAGCUGCUGUGCCACGCUCACAGUAUCUUGCAGUCACUGUAACCAACUAAUGCCAAAAGAAUGGUUUUGUAAUAAAAUAUAGAUGUAUCCUAAAACAG